GGUCCUGAGGGCUUGGAAAAGGGCUCAAGGCCAACCGAGCUCACAGAUUGGAUUGCAUGCGCCCGCCCUUGGACCGACAGGCAGCCAAAGAAGAUCCGUGAUCUGGCAACGUUCGAGAACCACUUCCGGGAGUGGUGGAGCGAGGUUCAACCGGAGGGUCGUAUGAAGGACGAUUUAGGACGGUUUGUUCAGGUAGAUGAGCCCGGUGUAGACUGGGAUGACAUUCGUCUGUCCGGUAAGAACGGGCUCUGGAUGGUGGUAGCAGGUUUGUGUUUUUGGGGCCAGGCUCUUGGGUCGGACGAGGCCCGACUGUUUUGCCCGCCAUGGUUCGACUGCGUCUCCGACGUCAGUUGGGUUCUCAACGAACUCAUCAGGACAUUCUCAUCUUCAGCA